UAAUUCACUCAUAUCAAGGUUUCAUAUUUUAUUUUUUUUUUCUUGAUUAUUAAGCUUUAAAAAAUAGACUCAUCCAGGUGUAAAAAUACAUAUUACGACAGUUCAUAUUUGAUCAUUCAACGAGUGACAAUCUCACUAAUAAAACCUGCACUUUUUUUUUUUUUUUGUUUUUAAUUUCUUUUAUUUGAUUGAUAUAAUGACAAUUUUACGUAUUGAAUUUUUCUUAUUAUUUAUAAUAUUGUUUAUUGAUAAAUAUAGAGUAUUUGGAAAUUAUGAGAGUGAUAUUUUAACGAGAAUUUAUCCAGCUUAUAGUAUUUCUAUGAAAUCUGGAGUAUUAAAUGAAUCAAGUGAAUGUCGAAAAGAACUUGAUACUUUUCGUGAUGCAGUUGACAAUAAAAAAUUAUGGGGUUUAAAAAUGUUGGAUGCAAGUGGUCAAUCGAAACCAGGUUUUACCUAUGGAAAUAAUUAUUGGCUUGGAGUUAAAAGUCAGUGUCUUGAUUUUGGUAAUCGUGAUCCAUUUGAUAUAUCAAUUAAUACGAAAAAUAAAAAUUUAAUUUAUCAACAUGUCCACGAAGAAUUUCCACCAUUUGAGGUGAAUUAUUUCUCAGCACAAUUUCGUCACAGUAGCAGUAUGCAAUAUCAUACUGGCAUGAUGAACGAUGAAGAUAUUAUAAUACUAGGACUUUGUUUACCAAAGUCAUGUAUGACGAUUGAACUGUCAAGUAUUUUGAUUGAAAUAUUUCAAGCAAAAAUUUUGACGGCUAGUUAUAUUUAUGAUGCGGAUUAUCAUUUGAUACAAGUCAAAAAUCUUGAGGAUAAUUAUGAUUACUUGUAUAAUUGGAAAAUAAUCACAAUUUUAAUAAUUGUAUUUGUAACGUUAUUAGUAGUUACAACUGCAACAAUUUAUGAUUUGGCUAUUUUUGAGAAUCAAUCAGAAAAUAAUGAUGAGAAAACGAAUGCUCAAAAAAUUUUAAAUGAUAGUCCUGAAGAAUAUUCAUUCGAACAAAAAAUAAAUACACCAAUUAAACUGAAGAAAAAUAAAACAAGGAAUUUUUCUGACAUGUUACUUUGUUUUUCCAUAUACAAAAAUACAAAAUUACUUUUUGAUUCAAAACAAGAAUCUAAAAAGGAUGCGAUUCAAGUUUUUCAUGGAUUAAGAUUUAUUUCUAUGCUAUCGAUUAUUUCAAUUCACAUUCCAUAUUUUACAUCUCACAACAUCGAUAAUUUGUCAAUGACUUUGAGAAUACUUCAUAGUAUUCAUGGACAAAUUAUUACAGCUAAUGGACUAUUUGCAGUUGAUACAUUUUUUUUUCUAAGUGGUUUUUUAGUUGCCUAUGGUUUUUAUAAACAGGAAAAGAAAAAAAAUGAUAAUUCACCAACGAAAUUAACUGGACACUUAAUUAUUAAAGCAAUUAUCAAAAGAUUUAUUAGAUUAACACCUGCGUAUAUAAUGACAAUAGGAUUAUCAUUAAUUGUAUUUUCACAUUUUGGUAAAACAACACAAUUUUAUGUGGGUGAAAAAAUUCAAGAUAAUUGUGAAAAUUAUUGGUGGAGAAAUUUAUUGUAUAUUAAUAAUUUUUUCAAGAUAGACGACAUGGUUAAUUUAAAUUAUUAA